AUUUAGGGUAAUGAUUAUUGCUGUACAAUGUAAUUUUUCAUUGCCAACUCUUAAUUAUUUUGUGAGAUAGGUUUCUUCUUGCAGAAUUUUGUGGGUGAAUUUGGUUUGAAUAAUAAAGCUUUUGGUGGUAGCAAGCUGGAGUGGAAUGUUGUUGAUUAUUGUCUCGUCAGCACUUGCAUAUAUGACAGGAGGCUUUUUAAAAUGUCAGGCAAUCAGUAUCAGAAUGCACAAAUCACCCUGCAUCUCUGCAAGACUUGUGCAAUUAACCCCUGUAAUCAUAUCAGGGUGGUGGUCUGAAUUUCUUAUAGGUUUAAUGUUGAUUCUGAUUGCUGUUAAGUUUGUAAGCAGUUACUCCUGCGCAUAUCACUCGAUGAAAAUGGGCUCUCUGGUUCUGCUUGCUCCCUAUCCUCCUCCGGGCAUAUGCCCCACCUUCCACCUAAUACACUGUCUAGGUAUUUUGGAUGAAACUUUAUGUACCAACUUAUUUGGAUCUUGUAAAGGAAAAUCAAGAAUCAGGUGCUGGAUAAAGAACCUGGCUGCCGAGAUCAAUCUUUUUAUUAUUAUCAUCAUAUUGGUUUUCAUGAAACAACAGAUGAGAGAGCAUGGGAUGUAUGAUUUUUUUUGCUUAUUUUGAUGGUUCAAUUAUGUUGGGAGCUGCUUUUUCUAUCAAUAAAUAUUUAUAUAUCGAGUAAUAAAUUUUUUUUUUUU